AUGGGUUUGGAAAUCGACAAAAUUCUUCAUCACGAACAAUCUCCAUACCAAGAUAUUUUAAUAUUUAAAUCCAAAACUUACGGAAAUGUGCUAGCAUUAGAUGGCGUGGUUCUUGUAAUUGGCGGUGGUGAUGGUGGGGUUCUUCGUGAAGUCGUUAAACACGAUAGUGUUGAAGAAGUUGUUUUAUGUGAAAUUGAUGAGGCGGUAAUUCGCUCAUCCAAAAAGUAUUUACCCGGAAUGGCAACUGGUUUUGAUAACCCCAAAGUUAAAGUUCAUAUUGGCGAUGGGUUUCCUUUUUUGGAAGAUAAAAUUAAUUAUUUCGACAUUAUAAUUACUGAUUCGUCGGAUCCUGUUGAAGAAAAAGAAGAAAAAUUAUUUAGAUAUUAUAAUUCGGAAAUUCAUGAAGCUGCUUUUAUUUUGCCUCAAUUUACAAAGAGCGCAUUGAAAGAAGCAGAGAACAAAA